AUGUCGGACGACGAGGACUAUUUCCUGCCGUUGGAAGACCAGCGUGUCUUUGGCGCUGGCAUCCGUCGAAAACGUGUGCCUUUUGUGCGCUCCACGGAACAUGAGUUGAGGACGACCGCCAGACCGUCUUCUACUCCCAGUACGAGUAUCGCGAACACCUACCUCUCAAUUGUUCUCAAGACAGACGCCAAGAGAGAUGGUUCGAGUACAUCGACCAGUACUUCAAGGGAGCGGUCGCCGCCUCCUCGUACGACACAGUCUGCACCACCUACAUCCGAAGCAAUCCCUCCACCUCCAAGCAAUAACUGCGAGAUAUGCAAUCUCCCACUCUCCGAACCAGGCAUCGACUCAGAUACGCCAGCAACACGUCCACACGAGGCCUCUCUUGCACACCAAGUCUGCCUGAACCAUUCCCAUCCCCCAUCACACCUUGACCGCGCCCGCACAGGUCUGCGAUACCUAUCCACCUACGGCUGGGACCCAGACAGCCGGCUUGGUCUCGGUGCACCUGGCAGAGAAGGCAUUCGAGAACCACUCAAAGGCCGGAUCAAAAAUGACAAAGCCGGGUUAGGGUCAGGGCUAGACAAAGACGGAGAUCGAUUACCGGCCCCACCGCCACCACCGAAGAAAGUACAGAAGCUGAAUGCGAAGCAAGCACGAAAAGGCGCCGACGAGGCGAGGAAGCGGGGUGACAAGUUGAGGAACAUGUUUUUCCAGAACGAUGAAGUGCUGAAGUAUCUCGGCGAAGAUGCUUGA